AUGCUUUCUUUCAAUGUGCUCGGGUGCGCUCUCAUACUAUGUGUCGUCGUCUUCUCCUGGAGGCGGUUCACCUCGCCAUUAUGGGUUGUCCCAGGCCCAUUCUUGUCUCGAUUCACAUCAGUCCCUCUACGCUGGCAUGAUUUCCGAGCAAAUCGAACACCAUAUAUACACAAGCUGCAUCUCACUUAUGGGCCUGCAGUGCUGAUUGCUCCCAAUGAAGUGUCAUUCACGUCCUUUGAAGCCGUCAAGGAGAUUUACGGAUCAUCGGGUAGCGGAUACGAGAAAUCCAACUUUUACAAUCUUUUCACCGUUUUUGGCCGAAGAACCAUGUUCUCGACACUCGACAAGACAAGCGCAAGUGCUUUUACUCAUUGGGUUUUUGCUUUUAAUAAGUAUGCAAACAGCAAUGUUAUGAAGCCAGCUUCUUUGAGCGGAAUUCAAAAUCUGGUCACAGAGUUUGCUCGGCAGUGCGAGGAUGGUGCAACGAGUGUGGACAUUUAUAUUAAAGGCCGCCUUCUCAUCUUGCAUGCUCCGACCAUCUACCGAUAUGCAUCCAAGAUCAUUAACCUGUUCUUUGAAGCCCGCGCCACGCCUUUGGCUGAUGCGUUUGUCCUUCAGAGAUCCAGGUACCCCGACACGGCAGAGUUCACUCUCUUGAGUCGACUUCGCGAAAAGCUUGGUGACCAAUUGACCGAAAUCGAUGUCAGCGCGGAGUGUCUUGAUCACAUGGUCGCAGGUAUCGACACUACGGGCGAUGUAUUAUGCUUCCUCAUGUGGGAGCUUUCUCAACCUCGAUCAGAGCACCAUCAGGCUCGGCUAAGGGAGGAACUACUACGAAACCCUACUGAAGCAUUUGAUAAGCUUCCAUAUCUCGAUUCUGUGGUGCAAGAAGGGCUCAGAUGUUUUCCGGCAAUCCCAAUGUCUUUGCCUCGCGUCGUACCCGACGGCGGACGCGUGAUUGACAAUGUUCAAGUUCCUGGGGGCACCAUUGUCAGCUGCCAGGCGCACUCUGUGCAACGACACAACGAACACGUUUUCCCCGACCCGGAUCGCUUCGAUCCCGGCAGAUGGAUGUCAUCCAAGGGAGCUGAUGAAAGAAAGAGGCACAUUUUUGCUUUCUCUUACGGCGGACGCGGGUGUGUCGGCAAACAUCUUGCUGUCGCAGAGAUGAAGCUUCUCUUGCGAGAGGUCUACUCUCGCCUGCAAAGUAUACCAGAUCCCACUAUGAGCGAUGAUUCAAUGAGGUCUCAUGAUCAAAUCAUCUCGGCACGGCCCUACGGGCAAAAGUGUCUAUUGCACUUCAUGCGUGCUUCGGAAAGCAAUUGUCCAUAA